CACAUAUCAAGUCUACGAUGAGACCACAUGGCCAUCGAUCAUCCCCAUCUAACCGCCAUAAUGGUGCGUUUCAGCGGCGGUCUGUUCAUCUGGACGAAGAGCAACGGUCCGACAGACCGCCUCAGCUGAGACGAGCUAUGACACAUGAAGAAUCCCUACUCCUGAAUUUGCAGCAUAGACUGGCCUCUUCCUCUGCACCCUCUUCUCGGCGCGAAAGCGUGACGGAAGCGAUGAGAAACGCUAUGGCUCCAAUCCAAAGGGUAGAGGGCGGACGAGGCUUGCCAUCAUUGACCAACAGUAUGGUCAUCGCUCUUAUGGGUGUUACUGGGUCGGGAAAGAGCUCAUUCAUCUCCCUUCUCGCCGAUCAAGAUGUGGAGAUUUCGCACAGUUUACAUUCCAACACCGUGAGCAUCAAAGUAUACAGUUUCAACGACCAGCGUGGCAGAACAGUGUACCUGGUUGAUACGCCGGGGUUUGAUGACACGACCCGCUCUGAUGCCGAGGUUUUGAAGGAUAUCUCUUAUAUCUUGGCAGCCAUGUUCGCUGCCGACUUUCGGCUGGCCGGACUCAUUUAUCUGCAUCGGAUAUCUGAUGCCAGGAUGCCCGGCUCUGCGGUGAAGAACUUACGCAUGUUCCAGGCUCUGUGUGGUGAGUCGAAUUACAGGCAUGUAGUCCUCGCAACAACAAUGUGGGCGGAAAGCGAAGGGAGCGAUGCACGAAACGUUCAGAAUCAACGCUUGCGGGAGCUGCAAGACACUUACUGGGCCGACAUGAUUCAGUCCGGGAGCAUGGUCAUGAAACAUGACGGCCACGAGUCGUCAGCUCUAGAAAUCAUCCGCACCCUGACGGCUCGUGCCGAGCCGCCGAUCACCCUUGCCAUCCAGCGCCAAUUGGUUGAUGAUGGUCUAACCCUGGAUGAGACUGAUGCUGGCAAAGUUGUUUUCGAAGAAGUCAUCGCAGCAAAGCGCAAGUUUGAGCUCGAACUUGCCGAGCUGCAAGAGAGCUUGGAGGAGGCAGAGCAAGAUGAUGACCAAGAAGGCAUCGAAAACCUCAGGACCGAACGUGCGGCGCUCGAGACCGAGGCCAGACGGCGCGAGAGAGACGGUGAUAGUCUCGGAGUCGACAUCCGGCAGCUAGCCUGGGAGCAGCAUCCAAUGUAUCACGACCUGAUCUCCACCCUCCAGCAACAAGAUCAUGACAGUGUUCAGACGGCUGGUUUUGUAUAUGAGCCCGACUCUAGGGUGCGGGAACUGGAGCUGAGGCUCGAGAAUGAGCAGCAGAUGCGCAGGGAGAAGGAACAAGAAAACGUGAAGCUCAAAAGACAGCUCCAACAGCGUCAUGGCGAACCAGCGGCGGAGAACAGCCGGAAAGGGCCAUCCAAGUCACCGAAUUUCGGCGUCGUACGGAAACCAAAGACCGAAGACACGUCAGGCUGGAGGACCAUCAUGCAGUUCUGGAAAACGGUCGCGUCGUACUCACCACUCGAAAAUGAGAGGUUCUACGUGAAGCAAAGCAGUCGCUCGUCGUCGUCGACAUCCUGGUCCAAAUUGAGUAUGGGCGAUCAGCCCAGGGGUCAGAUCAAAUGAGGCCUCUGUUUUCCUCCCUCAUGGAGCCAAGGAAGUCAACAACCCGGGGAAAUAGAUGCUGCCGCCUUUCAUGAUACCAACACUAACACGACCGAGCAAUCCAGAACGAAGGAACCAUGGGACGCGCGGGCGCGGG